ACCGAACAACGCAUCUGCAUCCAAUCAAAUGUAUCACGCCUCCUGAAACCACAGCACAUCUCGACGUCACGCAACACCACCGCCUCCUGGUUCCCUCCGGCGACUUCUCUGCCCAUCCGUCUCGCCACCGCACCGACAUUUUGAAGUCGGGGAAGCUUUUGUCACUCUCAGCCCGGCCGACGGAGCAGGGGCGGGGGAUUCGAGCGGGAAGCCUGGUCGAUCGUUCUCCAUCACUGUGACUAGUGGGAGAGAAUGAAUGAAUGAAGCUCCGAUCGCCUGAAAUAGGGAGCUAUCUGCUCGGAGAGCCAUGUGGUCUUCCUUCUGGAGAUCCAGAAAUCGUUUCUCUUUGGACGAGCUCAGAUAUCUCACGGAUCAAUUGAUCAAAGUUCAAACUGUCAAUGAAGUCAAUAAGGAUUUUGUGAUCGAGGCACUGCGAUCAAUUGCAGAGCUGAUAACAUAUGGUGAUCAACAUGAUGUAUCUUUUUUCGAGUUUUUCAUGGAGAAACAGGUCAUGGGGGAGUUUGUACGCAUUUUAAAAAUUAGUAGAACAGUUAUUGUCUCGCUACAGUUGCUUCAGACAAUGAGUAUUAUGAUCCAAAACUUAAGAAGAGAACAGUCUAUAUAUUAUAUUUUUUGUAAUGAGCACAUUAACUAUCUUAUAUCCUACUCCUUUGACUUUCGCAAUGAAGAGCUAUUGUCUUACUACAUAUCCUUUCUUAGAGCAAUAAGCGGAAGGUUGAACAAGAACACUAUUUCUCUUCUUGUCAAGACACAAAGCGAUGAUGUAAUUUCAUUUCCACUUUAUGCGGAGGCAAUACGGUUUGCAUUUCAUGAAGAAGGCAUGAUUCGUACUGCGGUUCGAGCUUUAACACUGAAUGUUUAUCACGUUGGCGAUGAGGCUGUUAACAGAUAUGUAACCAGUGCACCUCAUGCAGAUUAUUUCUUAAGUUUGAUCAAAUUUUUCCGAGAGCAAUGCAUCAGUUUAAAUAGGAAUUUGGGUGCAGAUGCAACUUCUUCUGUCAUUCCAUCUGUUGAUGAGAUCGAAGACAAUCUCUACUACAUCAGUGAUGUUAUUUCAGCAGGAAUUCCAGAUGUUGGGAGGUUGAUUACAGACAACAUACUGAAGUUUUUGAUAAUUCCAUUGGUUCUUCCUUCUUUAAGGAUGGAAAUUGUUGACGUAAAGAACUAGAUUCAAGCUCUUUAUCUCUUACCUGUAGUUAAUGCUUUCUCAUUUACUUCAGGAAUUGAAAUCAUCUUUCUGUACCGUCAAGGUUAUUAUGUUGCACACUAAUGUUUAGUGUUUCUGUCUCUAUAAUACAGGAUACAGAAAUCGGCACUGCAACUUCUUUGUAUUUACUUUGUUGCAUUUUACGUAUUGUUAAAAUCAAGGAUCUAGUAAACACUAUUGCUGCUUCACUUCUAUGCCGCAUAGAAACUUUCUCGCACAAAUCUGAACCCAAAUUAAAUGGAUACGUGUCAAGUGAUUGCUUGAUGGACAUAUGUAAUGAAUCUGGUAAUGGUGACAUAACACCAAAACCUGAUGCAAGACUUCUACAGGUUUCGAUACCAAAUUUAUUUAGUCCACAAAAUCAAUCAGGAAGCACCUUGCAUCAGGACUGCAGUGGCUCUCAUUUUUCAAUAAGGUGUUCAUUGUUAUCUAGCAUUCUCCCAUUUUUGUUUUUAUGAUCCAACCUUGUUCUUUGUUUGUUUUUGUAAUUACACACACACACACAAAUUCCCACUCCCACGUGUGCUCCAAACCUAUACUUUUAUGAUAUAACUUGUGAUUUACUCCCUCCAUCCCAUUAGAUAGUUAACAAAGAGAAAUUUACGGAGUUUAAGGAGGAGGACAAUGACCUUUUGAUGUGACCAAAACGUAAAAGGGAAUAGUGAUUGA